AGCACAGGCUCCCCUUUCUGAAAGCAGUUCUGGAGUCUUAGGCCUGUACAUCCUAUCUUGCACACUGUAGUGUUUGCCCACCUGGAAGAUUCCACCCAGCGCCAUGACCGAUGAUGAGCUGUCUGCCUUAGUAGUGGAUAAUGGGUCAGGGAUGUGCAAGGCAGGCUUCGGUGGUGACGAUGCCCCCCGGGCUGUGUUCCCCUCCAUGGUGGGGCGCCCCCGACACCAAGGGGUCAUGGUAGGCAUGGGCCAGAAGGACUGCUAUGUAGGGGAUGAGGCCCAAAGCAAGAGAGGCAUCCUGACCCUACAGUAUCCCAUUGAGCACGGAGUAGUCACCAACUGGGACGACAUGGAGAAGAUCUGGUACCACACUUUCUACAACGAGCUCCGUGUAGCACCAGAUGAGCAUCCCAUCCUCCUCACUGAAGCACCCCUCAACCCCAAGAUCAACCGGGAAAAGAUGACUCAGAUCAUGUUCGAGGCCUUCAACACACCUGCCAUGUAUGUGGCUAUCCAAGCUGUGCUGUCCCUCUAUGCUUCUGGACGAACCACAGGCAUCGUAAUGGAUUCCGGGGACGGGGUCACUCACACCGUGCCCAUCUAUGAAGGCUACGCCCUGCCCCACGCUAUCCUACGUCUGGACCUGGCAGGCAGAGAUCUGACGGAUUACCUCAUGAAGAUCCUGACGGAAAGAGGCUAUAACUUCACCACGACGGCUGAGCGAGAGAUUGUGCGGGAUGUCAAGGAGAAGCUGUGCUAUGUGGCCCUAGACUUUGAGCAAGAGAUGAUCGGUGCAGCAGCAUCUUCCUCACUGGAGAGAAGCUAUGAGCUUCCUGAUGGGCAGGUGAUCACCAUUGGGAACGAGCGCUUCCGAUGCCCUGAAGCCAUUUUCCAGCCUUCCUUUCUGGGCAUCGAGUCCAGUGGAAUCCAUGAGACAACCUUCAACUCCACCAUGAAGUGUGAUGUGGAUAUUCGCAAGGAUUUAUAUGCCAACACAGUGUUGUCUGGAGGCAGCACCAUGUACCCAGGCAUUGCUGACCGGAUGCAGAAGGAGAUCAUGACCCUGGCCCCCAGCACCAUGAAAGUCAAGAUCAUUGCCCCCCCAGAACGCAAGUAUUCCGUUUGGAUUGGGGGCUCCAUCCUGGCCAGCCUCUCCACGUUCCAGCAGAUGUGGAUCAGUAAGCAGGAAUAUGAUGAAGCUGGUCCUCCUAUUGUUCAUAGAAAAUGCUUCUGAUUGGGCUUCCAUGUCAAAAUUUACAUUUUUCCCCUUUUCAGGUCAAAGUGAUGGUAUGACCUUGUUUUUAUCCAUGCUGACCAGUCCACUCAUUCCAGUUUAUAAACCAGCAAACCCAUCUCUCCAUCCAGGUAUCCUGGACUGUGACCCACUUAACCGUGUGCUGAUCACUAUCAACUGAAGGAGAAUUCUAAUAGCAUGUCCUGUUUUCUUCACCUAGAGGGCUCAAAGAAAUGUGGACUUGCUUAAAUGAAAGUAAGUGGCAAUGCAUAAACUCUUGAAAAUUAUUGCUCCAGAAUGGAUAACCAGAAUUUAAGCUUUAAAGUCUAGUUCUCGCUAAAAUAUUUAACAGCAACAGGCUGUACAAACUUGUAAAAAAUAUGUAUGCAUUUAGCAACCAUGUCUUAAGUAUUUUUGUUUGGCCUACUUCUUUGUAUAAAGAGAAUGAAUUCUAUAGGUUGAUAUCUAUAUGCACGUAAGAACCAGGGAAAUAAAAUAUCACAUCUUAAAAUGUAUUAAUGUAUCUGCUAUCUGAAUAGCUAAUAUGAAUUUCUUUCUCAAGUCACCAUGAUAGUAAUUCCAGAUUCUAAUUGCUUCCCUUAUUAAAUAAGCAGCAUUAAUUGGAAUAGUGGCUAUAUCAUUAGGCUUAUCAAUCAUCUAGAUUUUCAACUCAUAGUGAAAUUCUGCUGGUCAAACACAUAUAUUAGCACCUUACCAACUGAUCCUCAUGCUUUUAAAACAACAAAACUGCAGAUAAUGUGCAAUGUUUGAUAGCAAUUGUUAUCAGAUUUAUAUUAUGCUACAGAUUAACAUGAUUUUAUUAAUAUAACAUGUCUUGAAUAAUUUCUGUCACACACAAUUUUAUAUAUCUCUUAGGCAAGAAUUUCAUUUUAGGGGAAGCACAGCUGAGCAUCUUUAUAAAUUACAAAUUUUAAUGCUACUAUAACCCCAAUUUUAUACUUGGAAGUAUUUUGGAAUAGCUCUGAGUUAUGUCUAGUAACUAGUAAUAGUUAUUUAUGUAGAAUGUCUCUGAAAUACUAGUAUCUUAGAAAAUGUCAAUGUAUCUUAAUUUCUGAAAUUUUUAAUGAAUCUAGUGGUGACAUUUACUAGUGCAUUUAUUUCAACCUAUGCUGUGAUUUAGGAUAUCAGAGUUAUUUGAAUUUUUCAGGGUUUUUCCCUGAUAUUUUUAAUUAUUUGAAUUGCCUAUUAAGGCAUCAGGAGAUCCAUCCUUCAAAGGGAGGAAUCUCUUCCUUUUAGUUGAGAAAUUUGAGUUUUAAAUCUCCAUUUUGAAGUCAUUAAACAUUUUUUGUUUAAAACUUUGCAAAUCCUUUCUUAUUUCCUUUAUCUGACAAUAUCAUUUCUAAAUGCAUUCAACAAAAAUCAGUCUCCAAAGGCACUCUAUUUUAAAAGACUUGGAAUAUCCUUUCAUUAAAUUAAAAUUACCUCAUUCUUGCAUAUUGAGGUUUCCUGUUAUUUUUCUCUAGUUCUUACCAAAGACUUGGAGAAGGACCCAGAGAGGAUCACUGUUGAUGUGUGGGACCUGUUUGUCCUUACAUACGGUUUUAUAUCUGGUACAUUUGACCACAUGAACAGCAAAUUUUUUAAAAAGAUGGCUAUUCCAGGAAGUCUAAGAAUUCCUCUUAACCUCAGUUCAAAAGUUGGAGUCUAGCGGGUGAACUGGUCUUCAGAUAACAAGUAAGUGUAGUAGCAACAAUAAUACAAUCUUGAAGUCAUUUGCUGCAGCACUUUCCCACCACUUUCACACACUUUCUUGCCUACAUUCUGAGUUACCAGAAAAAAUACCUUUUUCCCACCCACAGAAAAUUUAGGGGACGGGCAAGGAGAAUGUCUGAGAAAAUGAACUAGAGAAUUCUACAUUAGGUAAAAAUAUGAAUCCCAUAAUGCAAACAGCAAUAAAAACCUAAGGUCUUUGGACCUUCUAGUCAUCAGUACUCACUGACUAAUGGGUAAAGUUAAUGAGGAAAUAAUCCCAUCUCACAAUUCUACAUUUUAGAGUCAAUGUCUUAUUUAGGUAAUAAAAUUGACAUGAUAUUCACCAAUGGUUCACAAGCCUGGCUCAUCAAGCAAAUUACUUAAGGAAUUUAUAUAAACAUAGAUUCUGUGUCCCUGAGCCCAGAAAUUCUGGUUCACUUUGAGGUGAGGACUAGGAAUGCAAAUAUGUAGCAAACUAGAAGGAAUCACAGCUCCAAAGAACUCAAAACCUAAAGCACAUUAUAGAGCCCAAGGAAAUAGACUGGCCAUUCCUCCUCUCCACUCUCUUCAUAAAAUGGAAUAGCACAAAAUCGGAUGAAUUUUGUCCCAUUGUAAAUUUUUAUUCUCCCUUAUUGAGGCAUCCUGAGCAAUCUAAGAUUAAACUAUACUGCAAUCUCCCUGCCCCCAAAUUGUUUUUCCCCAAUCACAGGUAAUAUUUUUCUAGAAGCAUGCAUGAUCCAAAGUCAGUUCCUGUACUCUUCUCCUAUAACAUAGAUGUGCUUACUUUUCCAUAGUGGGAUUAUUUUAUAACUUUAAAAUAAUCCUAGGGCACAGGUCAUAGAAGUGUUCCAAGAACUCUGGGGAAUUUAUAAUCCAAGGGUGAGGAAAAACAUUGUAUAGUGGAAAGUGGUGGGAUCUAAGGAAGGUUCAUGGACUGAAUGCAGUCCAUUGUACUUAGGGUCAGUCACAAAGAUAUUUCAAAACCAGGGUGACUUAAAGGUUCAGAGUAGAUGGAGUCAGAUAAGUCUUAAAGCACACACAAGUUGUACUGAGUAUAAAAACUUAAAUGAUUCAGGCACCUUGAAUCAGGUUGAUGAAGUCAAUUGAUUCCUUGAGUAUUUCCAUUGAACUAUACUAGAACUGUAAAGAAACUAAGAAGUAUUCAGCCCAUAAGGCUAAGUUCAAAUGUCAUCUCUUCUAUGGACCCUUUUUUAGCCUUCAUUACUCACCCCCAUCCCAAGGAAAUAUGAUAAGCUUCUCAUUUGUGUGUCCUACCAUGUCAUUUACAUGCCUGUGGCAUCAUAAACACAUCAUAAUCAUACGUCUGCUCAUACCAUCAGGAAGAAACUGGAGAACAUGGACCAGAACAAUGUUGACUUGACUCUGGCUUUUCUAGGAUUUCCCUAGGCCCAACAUUAGCACUAACCUAUUAAACAUGGUUGAACUGAUGUCAGUGAACUUGUGGAUUCUGACAUACUUCAUGAACAUACAGUUUUGCAUCAUCUAUCUCUUAUUACUCUAGUCUCAACUCCUUUUCUGUUAGCCUCUGAAAAUUUGUUGGUAUUGUCUUGCCCCUGAAGCAUAUUUCUUUUUCCUUCUUUCCUUCCCUUUUUCCACCACUACUCUCAUUCUUCUCAGUAUGCAAAUCUGAACUUUAAUAGUCUUUGCUUGUUAAAAUACUAUAAUUCUUCCAAUUGGCCAAAGGAGCAAUCAACCUCUUCUUUUGCAGUACAAGCUAACUAUGUGACCACUAAAAUUUUAGAAGGGAGGGAAGGAAGGGAAAGGAAAGGGGGAAGGAGAGAUAAAAGAAAUUGAAAGCUUUUCACUAAGUAUCAAAAUACAUUCAGGUUUUCUAAUCUAUUUUGCACUCCUGUUGACAUUUUUCUUAACUCCCAAUUGCUCUAGAAUUGAGAAUUUCAGAUCUGAGUAAUAACUCAGUCAUUAAAAUGUAUUGAAGAGUGUACUUUUCUGCUAUUUACAACCUCCUUCCAGAGUUUAUAAAAGAUUCCUUUCAAAAACACUCAGAACUAGGAAUUAAGCAUAUGGUUUGCUCAAUACUGCUUCCAGAUGUUAGAGUUGGAAUGUCUUUAGGGAUGUAUAUGUAUACACCAGUAGAGACUGCUCAUUACAGUUGAUACUUUAAGACUUCCUUUUUAAAUAUGAAAGGAAAUUUCUGAACUAUAACUGCCAUUGUUUUUAAGCUAAGGUCAUAAGUAAUGAAAACUCUAGAACUUCUUUGAGUCGCCUGCCUCAUUUUUUAAUUCUAUGCCAAAUCCAAUGUCUAACCACCUUAUAACUUUAAGUUCUGCUAGAUCUACUCAACAGAUGUGCCAGCAUGAUAUGAUCACAUACUUCAUCUAGACAACACCCAAACACUGCUUGAAAAAUGAAAAAAUCUCAUUUAAUUGGCUAUUUGACAAUACAUAAGUUAAAGCCAAGUUAUUGUCCCUGGAAUUGGGAAUGAAAGAUUUGUAACCAUACCCAUACCAUAUGACACAGUUUCUGGAGGAGAAGAAAGUAGAUAAACAGAGCAAGCAAGAAGAAUUAAAUUUCCCAUUCGCAGUCCCUUCAUGGGUGUGUUGUGGUCAGAAAAGUUUUCCUACCUAUUUUACAGGUUGAGGGGAAAGAAGAAAGCCAAUGCCAACAUGGUAAUUUAACCUUAUGAUUCCUUCCCUCUGUACUGCACAUUAUCGUGAGCCACUCAAGAUGUCCCCAAACGUCCAUCUGCCCCAUUUACAACUUAUAAAUGUACCUACUCAACAUAGUUUCUUGUUUCCAUACCUGGCUAACAAGGGGAAAGCUGGCUUCAUCAAUGACAACAAUAGUGCUCAUC